AGCUUUGAUUUAUAUCGGCAUAAAGACUGUUAUCAUGAUCAGUAGUAGUACUUUCAUUCCUUGUAAAGUGUCAUACAAUACGGUAACUGGAUCAGACCAUCUGGAUCAGAAAUUCUUUUGGUUUCCUGGUCCUGCGGCCGCUUCUGCCGCGGACUCGUCCUGUGGUAAGAAUCGCCCUCCCACCCGCGCACGGCGCAGCCGCGUCCCCCAUGACACCCGCGCGCUGAUGAUCGUCAGACGCGCAUCCUUCUCUGGUGCCACUCGGCGGACCGGAAGGUUUGGAGUCCACCGAGGGGAAACAGCCCCGCGGCGGAAGAGCCGAGACACUGCCGUCCUCGUCGUCCAGCUUGCUCUUCUCCUCCUCUCACUCUCCGACAGCAGGACGCUGGUGUUUCACCUGAGUGAAGAGCUCCGUCGUGGAGGGACCCGCUCAGGCUGGAUGAGCAGAAGCUUCCACACCUCUGAGACCUCACAAGUGUUUCUCACCCCACACCGUCCCUUCCGUCCCCACAGUGGGGGAUGCCCGGCUUACUGAAUUCAGAUGGUUCUUUCAGCUCCAAGCAAGAGCUCCUGGACCUGCAGGACUGCACAUUCAGCCGAGGUCACUCUCAGGACACCCCCAGUGAUGUGGACUCUCAGACCAGCAGCCCCACUGGAUCAGGUACAAAAAGCCCGCCGAGCCCGGAGACUCCGGGCGGGGACCCGUCUCCGGGACGCCCGGCGGCCGCAGGUUCCCAGAGUGAGCAGCUGGUGACCUCUGACCCCGUUGAGCUGUGCGGUUGGGGCGCUUUCAAACCCAAAUGCAUCCAAGUUUUCAACCACCCCAUUUGGGCUCUGGUGUUCCUCUGCGUGGCGUCAUUCCUCCAGGGGAUGAUCAUAAACGGGUUCAUCAACACCGUGGUGACCUCCAUCGAGAAACGCUUCGACCUCCCCAGCUACGAGGCGGGACUCAUCGCCAGCUCGUACGACAUCGCCGCCUGUAUCUGCCUGGCUUUUGUCAGCUACUUCGGGGGCACGGGGCACAAGCCUCGCUGGCUGGGCUGGGGCCUGGUGAUCAUGGCGGCCGGGUCUCUGGUCUUCGCCCUGCCUCACUUCACCGCGCCUCCCUACCACGUCAACCUGUCGGAGCCCACCGGCCUGUGCUCGGGGAGCCACGUUAGCCGCUGCAAAGGCGACGACCGAGCGCUCUCCAGCUACCGCCUGGUCUUCAUGUUGGGCCAGUUCCUGCACGGCAUGGGGGCCACACCCCUCUACACCCUGGGAGUCACGUAUCUGGACGAGAACGUCAAGUCCAGUUACGCACCAGUUUACAUCGGUAUUUUCUACACUGCUGCGAUUCUGGGUCCAGCUGCCGGCUACCUGUUGGGUGGAUACUUCCUCAACAUAUACACCAACAUCACCGCGCCGACAGAGAUGACUCCAGAGAACCCUCUGUGGGUCGGUGCUUGGUGGAUCGGCUUCCUGCUCGGGGGAGGAGCCACUGCUCUGGUGUCGUUCCCCAUUCUGGGUUUCCCAAGACAGCUGCCAGGCUCCCAGCACUACAAGGCCAUGCGUGUGUCCGAAGCUCACCAGAUCAAAGAUGGCAGCCACAUCGUGGCCUCGGAUCCCCAUUUUGGCAAAACUGUCAAAGACAUGCCCAGGUCCGUGCUGCUGCUCCUGAAGAACUCCACCUUCCUGUUCCUGUGCCUGGCCGGGGCCACGGAGGCCACCCUGCUGGCCGGCAUGUCCACCUUCGGAGCCAAGUUUCUGGAGUUCCAGUUCAGCCUCAGCGCCUCCGAGGCAGCCAUGUGGUUCGGUAUCAUUGUGGUGCCAGCAGGGGGCGGCGGCACCUUCCUCGGCGGCUACAUCGUGAAGCGGCUGAACCUGCGAUGUCAAGGCAUCAUCCGCUUCUGCAUGCUCUGCAUGCUGGUGAGCCUGCUGAGCGUCUUCAUCUUCUUCAUCCACUGCCCUGACGUGCCCAUGGCCGGGGUGACCGCGCCCUACCCCACCGAGCUCGCUGUCAACAGCUCCGCAGCGCAGGGCGGCCUCACGGCCGGCUGCAACGCCGCCUGCCGCUGCAGCAGGGAGCAGUACAGCCCGGUGUGCGGCGACGACGGCCUCAUGUACCACUCUGCCUGCCACGCCGGCUGCACCGCCAUCAACUCCUCCGACCCGUCCACAGGCAAGCAGGUCUACAGCGGGUGCAGCUGCGUGGCGGGGAACAUCUCCUGGGGAGGCCCGGCUUCUGCUCGCGCCGGCAAGUGUGGCAGCACCUGCCACCACAUGCCCUACUUCCUCUUCUUCUUCUUCGUCAUCAUUUCCUUCACCUUCCUGAGCAGCAUCCCAGCGCUCACGGCCACCCUCAGGUGCGUGCCCGACAGCCAGAGAUCCUUCGGCCUCGGCAUCCAGUGGAUCGUAGUGCGAGUCUUGGGCGGCAUCCCGGGCCCCAUAGCCUUCGGCUCCAUGAUCGACCGCUCCUGCGUGCUGUGGCAGAACCAGUGCAUGGAGCAGGGAUCCUGCUACCUCUACCACAACUCCGCCAUGAGCCGCUACCUCCUCACUGUAGGAGUCCUGUACAAGGCUCUGGGCCUGGUGUUCUUCCUGCUGGCGAGCGUGUUGUACCACCCCCCGCCUGACUCACCCGAGACCAGCAGCAAAGAGCACACUGUGGAGCAGGGCGGGGGCGCCGGAGAGCCUCCGGAGAAGGAGGUCCUGGACAGCAUGGUCAUCGCCAACCCGCACGCUGAGUGACAUCCUGAGCAGUCAGCGCCUCCUCCCCAUCACUGCCGGGCCCUGAAGGCGUCACAGACUCUGGUUAACCCUUUGCUUGCCGGGCACUUCAUCCCAGAGAGAGUCAAAGGCCCUUUAAGUCACAGCCAAGGGAGUCAGAGCCUCAAAAGCUUGGUGGUGCUGCGCUGCGCCAAAGUUCACAGCUGCUCUUGACUGAAACAGCACACUGUUUAAUACUGAAAGCAUAAAUCUUUUUUUAGUACGGUAACUGAAGAGGAUGUGAUGUGACAGGUCACUGGUGCUUCUCUAAACAGUGGAAAUCAUCUGCUGUAACAUACUGAAAUGGAGAAACAGAACGUUCAAGUGGAAAACAUGAGACAAGUGAAGCGCUUUUCCUCGAUCGUUGGUGAAUUAGCAGGAGUCAAGUCAGUGUUUUGUUGGGUGUGAUGUGAAGGAAAGUGUUUUCACAGUAUUACUAUGGAAAAACAAAGUCAUUUUGUGCCACUCAAAUUUCCCAGACUGGAGACUGAACUGGUCUGGACAGGUAUACAUUUUCUCCCUGACCCGAUUCAAGUGCCUUUGUUUUAUAUCUGUUACAUCACAGGCAGCAAAAGGAAUUGUAUCGGACACGAAUCAAUGAAAACACUUGGUCUUUUUUAUACUGUGAAUAAAGUUUGGAUUAAAAAAAAAA